GUUCUGUUUACUUUUACACUUAUUGUUGGACUUUCAGAUGUUCUCUGUGAGAUUUAUGUGAAUAAAGCUGAAACUACAUAGUACUGCACUGUAGACAUCAAGGAUGCCACCAAGCAUAGAAAGGGGGGAUGGCAUACAGUGCCCAAAAUGCCACUCAAGGCACCUUCCCCUGAAUUCACUUGUUGAAAAUGGCAAGAAUGUAUAUGCUGCUACCUGCCAGCAUUGUGGCCACUUCUUUAAGUUUAGUGCUACACCUACCCCCAAAUCUAGUGUUACAUUUACAAUCAAUGGCAAGGCCUAUACAGUUGGAAACACAUAUCCAGGCUCAAUGUCUCUCAAUGCUUACAUCAGGGAGGUUGCUAGGCUACCAGGAACUAAAGUGAUGUGUGCUGAAGGAGGAUGCGGAUGUUGUGUUGUCACGGUUACCCAUGAUGGAAAAUCCUAUGCAAUGAACUCUUGUCUGUGUCCCAUAUAUUCUUGUGAUGGCUGGGACAUUCAAACAACAGAGGGAAUAGGGGGAAAGAGACAGGGCUUCCACCCCAUUCAGGAGAAACUGGCUGACCUGAAUGGAAGCCAGUGUGGUUACUGUAGCCCAGGAAUGGUCAUGAACAUGUAUGGGUUUCUCUCUGGAAACUCGAAGCCAACUCAGCAGCAAAUAGAAGAUGCCUUUGAUGGGAACAUAUGCAGGUGCACUGGCUUCCGACCCAUUCUAGAUGCAAUGAAGAGCUUUGCCAUUGAUAAUCUUCAAUGCUCUGGUAGUGUGGCUGAUAUAGAGGACAUCAACAAGAGAAUAUGUAGCAAGACAGGGAAUCCCUGCAGUGGAACAUGUAACCCCCAAACAUCUACCCCAGAAGCAAUUCAUCUAGUCCUAGCUGAAGCACAAUGGUUCACUCCGACAACAUUGUCAGAUCUAUAUGCACUUGCAGACCAAUAUCAGGAUAAACAUGUCAAGUUUGUCUCAGGAAAUUCAGGGAAAGGUGUAUAUAAUGAUGGUCCCUAUGAUGUUUGGAUAGACACCAAAAAAGUACCAGACUUCGGCCACUUCUCUGCAACUGCCCCAGAUGUAUUCUUUGGGGCGAAUGUGACUCUAACUCAGAUGAUGGAUACACUGAACCAGUUAGCCAACAGUCAGGGAUUUGAGUACUGUGCAGCACUGGCCAACCAUAUCAGUAGGGUAGCCAACACACCAGUGAGAAAUGUGGCUACAUGGGCAGGUAACCUGAUGAUGAAGCAUGCGCACAAUGAGUUUCCAUCAGACAUCUUCCUUAUACUAGAAACUGUACAAGCCAGGCUGACUAUCAGAGAUAGUCACGGGAUCAGUGAAUGCAGCCCAUUGUCCUUUCUGUCAUUCUGUACCCCAGACAACAUGAUCUUACAAAGUGUUAAGCUGCCCCAAAUGCUCACCCCAGCCACAGUUAGGACAUACAAGAUCAUGCCAAGAGCAACGAAUGCCCAUGCUUAUGUCAAUGCUGGUUUCAACUUCAAACUCGAUGCUUCACAAAACUACAAAGUGACAGACACCCCAUCUAUUGUUUACGGAGGCAUCAGCUCAACAUUUGUCCAUGCAACUAAAACAGAGGCAUAUUUAAAUGGGAAAGAACUAGGAGAUGCUUCAGUGCUCAAAGGGGCUAUCCAAAUGUUGAUGAGUGAAGUUAUACCAGAUGCUGAUCCGGUGCUCUCUAGUGUUGCAUACAGGAAGAAUCUUGCCAUUGGGCUCUUCUACAAGUAUGUGCUGUCAGCUUGUACAUCCAAGGCAAGUGCAUCAUACAAAACGGGGGGAGAUAUCAUACAACGCCCCCUAUCCUCAGGGAGACAGUCGUAUGAUACAGAUCAGACAGAAUACCCAGUUUCUCAAGCCAUACCUAAGUUGUCUGGCAAAAUACAGGCAUCAGGCGAGGCGUCUUAUACUGCAGACUUGAACUCUGACCUCCAUGCAGAGUUUGUAAUUACCUCAGUAGCCACUGGAAAACUUGGGACUGUUGAUGCUUCUGCUGCCUUGAAAAUGCCUGGAGUGCAUGCAUUCUACCAGGCCAAGGACAUACCAGGUGUGAACAAUUUCAUGUUUGGAGGCACAGAAGAGGUCUUCUGCAGUGGAGAUGUAAAAUAUGCAGGCCAAGCAAUUGGAAUCAUUGUAGCAGAUAAUAUUGGCCAAGCCAAGGCAGCUGCAGAUGCUGUGUCUGUAACCUACACUGGUCAAACUACCCCUAUAUUAACAAUGAAGGAUGCUCUCUCUAAACAAUCUAUGUAUCCUGAUCAACACCAAGAGCUCAAGUUUGGAGAUGCAGAGAGUGCAAUAAAGACAGCCCCAAAGUCCAUUGAAGGAGAAAUCACCAUGGAAACCCAGUACCACAUGCAUAUGGAGACACAGUGCUGUGUGGCAGAACCUACAGAGGACCAAGGUCUCCAUGUUUAUGCCUCUACUCAAUACUGCACUGGCACACAACAGGGAAUAUCACAGGUCCUUAACAUGCCUAUCAACAGUAUCCGUGUAGAGGUGAAGAGACUGGGGGGAGGCUAUGGGGGUAAGAUCACUAGGAACUUCAUGGUAUCUACGGCUUGUGCUUUGGCCGCUAUGAAACUUAACAGGAGAGUGAAAAUUCAUCUUGGGCUGCACACUAACAUGAAAAUGGUUGGAGGUCGAGUGCCAUGGCUUGCCAAAUAUAAGGUUGGGUAUACAGACGAAGGCCUUCUGAAAGGUGUUAAAAUCCAGUACUAUUGUGACCUUGGGUGCACCUCUAAUGGGGGUGGGACACCCUUUGUAUGGAGUGAUAAUGCAUACUACUGUCAGAAUUGGCACUUUUUGUAUGACUGUUUGAAGACCAAUACUGCAGCCAAAACAGCAUGUAGAGCACCAGGAUCCACUCCUGCCAUAUUUAUAAUGGAGUCCCUAAUGGACCAUGUGGCCACUGCUCUGGGCAAAGACCCUGCGGAAGUUAGGAAAGUCAAUCUCUAUCAGGAUGGUCAGCUAACUCCUACAAGCACAGUAAAGCUUCAGGGUUGUCACAUCAGAGACGUUGUCAGUCAAAUUGAGGCUUCCUCCCAGAUUGUACAACGUAAGAAGGAUAUAGAGACCUUUAAUCAAGCCAAUCGCUGGAAAAAACGCGGAUUAUCCCUCAUACCCCUCAAGUUUACUGUUGGGCUGGCUGGCAUGACUCAAGGUGUCCAGAUCACGGUUUAUGGUAAUGAUGGUACAAUUACAAUAUCCCAUGGUGGCAUUGAGAUGGGACAGGGAAUCAACACUAAGGCUGUUCAAACUGUCGCCUAUGAGUUGAAGACAUUGGGUGUGACUAUGGACAUCAUAAAUGUUGGCCCAACAGAUACGCAGGGAGCAGGAGCCAAUGGCCAAGUCAGCGGAGGUAGCGUCACAUCUGGGGCAGUUUGUCUUGGUUUCGUUAAUGCCUGUGCAUUACUGAAGCAGCGCCUUGCCCCAGUUAGAGCCUCCCUACCGAACCCUACAUGGAAACAGCUAAUCGCAAAGGCGCAACAGGAAGGCAUUAAUCUAACUCUCCAGUACUGGGAGAACCCUCAGAAGCCUACCUACUAUUCCUAUGGAGCUACAGUAUCAGAAGCAGAGCUUGACAUCCUUACAGGAGAAUACAUCAUUAAAAGAAUGGACUUGCUCUAUGAUUGUGGACAAAGUAUGAAUCCGUCUGUUGACAUUGGCCAAAUAGAGGGAGCUGUGACAAUGGGCCUAGGCUAUUGGCUACUUGAGAAAAUGCGAUAUAACCCACAGAGUGGGGAAAAUCUGACCAGUGGAACAUGGGAGUACAAGCCACCAUUUGCCAAAGAUAUUCCAGUUGACCUGAGAAUUGAUCUUCUCAAGAAUGCUGCAUUCCCAGCUGGUGUACUCAGCUCUAAAGCUGUAGCAGAGCCUCCACUUUGUAUGAGCUGCUCAGUGUUGUUUGCCAUCAAAAGAUGUAUUGAAGCUGCCCGCAGAGACCAGAAUAUGAGCCCCUCUGACUAUUUUGCGCUGGAUGCUCCAGCCACAGUUGAGAUGGUGCUCACCCAGUGUUUGCCUCAACCCACAGACUACACAUAUGGUCAGUAAGAGAUCAGCCCCUUGCCAUAUUAUGAUUACUCAGCUAAUAGAUAUGGCUAAUGUGGAAAACUGUGUUGUCAUAUAUACAAUAUAUCAAUCAAUUUUUACACAGAGGAAAAUUAUUGUAAAGUGAAUCAUUUGAAAGGGUGUUGUGCAAUGUCUAAUGUGGAUGACUUUUAUAUAUGAAGUAGCUAAUGUGGAAAACAGUUGUGCAAUGGCUAAUUUAAAAGAAGCUAACAGAAUGGUUCAUUUGAAAUCCUGUUCCACAGUGGUUAAUGUGGAGAUUUGUUAUAUGCACUGGCAUUUGUUAUAUGCACUGGCAAAUAUGGACAUUUGUUAUAUGCAAUGGCUAAUGUGGACGUAUUGAUUGGCUAAUGUUGACAUAUGCAUUGGCUAAUAUGGAUAUUUGAUAAAUGGGAUGGCUAAUCUUGGGAUUUGUUAUAUGCA